AUGGGGGCUCUGGUCGGAAGCGUUUUUGUGUUGCUAUUUGCCCAUGCCAUCGAUACGUCGGCGGUUUCGAAUUACGCCAAAGAGCUGAGUGAAGUUAAACUUUAUUUCUUUUCACCAUGGUUGAAGCAUGAGCAGGACGUGGAAUCGUUCGAACCACCACCACAAAUCGACCUACGGAGACAGCUGAAGGUGCUGAUCCAUGGUUGGAUUGCGGAUCGUAACCACAUCUCGAUCCUUCCCAUCCGGACGGCAUACUUGGUGCAGGACGUUCACAACCUGCUGGUAGCCGAUUGGUCGCAAGUUGCCUACCUCUUAUAUCCAAAGGCUCGUGAACAAGCCCUGCCGGUGGCGAACCGUAUCGGUAAGAUUCUGCUACGGUUCAUCGAGCGGGUAGGUAUCGACCACAGCCAGGUGCACAUUAUCGGCCACAGUCUUGGGGCGCAUAUAGCGGGCAACGUUGGGCGUUACUUUGGUGGGAAGUUAUCGCGUGUAACGGCCCUCGAUCCGGCAGCACCACUGUUUGAGCUCGAAUCCAAAGACGCCAUCGGACCCGACACGGCACAGUUCGUGGAUGUGAUCCACACCGAUGCGCUAUUGCUGGGCGAGGACAUUGUCCGUGGACAUGCGGAUUUUUUCCCCAACGGUGGCCAUGCACCACAACCGGGCUGUGAAAUACUCGACUUCGUCACACUACAUACCUGCAGCCAUUGCCGUGCGACCGAAUUCUUUGCGGAAUCAAUUCCGCAGCCGAGCAACUUUAUUGCCUGCGCCUGCAGCCGGGAGGAGAUUUCGAGAAUGGACGCGCACUGCCUGCCGGACGGCCGGGAAACAUCCUUGCGCGAGUGUGUACCGAUGGGUGAGGCACUCGAGCAUAGUGUUCGGGGAACAUUUUUCACGCGAACAUCGAGUGAGGCUCCGUUCGGGCUUGGCAAUAGCACAGCGAGCGGUUCCAGCAUCUAA